AUGAGCCGUCGAAUCUUCCUCCUUCAGCAUUUAGUUAAUCAAUCACGGAUCAGCCCCUCGGUCUUGCUGCCCUGGUGUAGCGUGCCCGUGGAUGUGACCGAGCGCACGAAACCGUGUUCCGGUUGUGAUCAAGUUCUCGCAGAUUCAUUUCGCACUGUCGUUUCGUUGACUAAAUGCGGUUUCCCUAGCUACUCAGUUCGCACAUGUGACCGGGCUGAGCUCAGUGCAUCGCAUACGACAAAUCGGUCGGACAAGGCAAUUCAAACUGCAAUUUGGUCACAUUUGAUUGAACUCAGCUGGGCCGAACCAAUUGAACCAAACGGACGAAUCCGAUUCUAUUGGACUAGAUAUCGUCUUCUGAACGUCGAUGACCAGACGCACAACACGACUGGUAUCACUAACCCGACCUAUACCUCUGAUUGGACACUCACGUGCUCACGAUCGGGACGCAUUGCUGAAUACGAUUCACGUCAAGGGAAGCCUCGACCUGAAAGUGAUUCACGGGCAUCUGUUGUCUUAUUCAACCUGAUGCCUGGUACUUACGAAUUUCAAGUGAUGAGUGUGUCGUACGCUGGAAACAGUUCUUGGUCCGAAGCUCGUCAGUUCCUUGUCCGAACUAUUAGUUUGCAAAUUGCUGUGGAUUUUUUCACCGGUGCGUGA